CAAAUCAUUAAUUCGAAAAGUCUUCAAUGAACCCGUAGAUUUGGCCCUGUUGCAGCAAGUUUUUUUUUGCCCGCCCCAGAGACGACCGCCGCGACGCAUCGACAUAUCUUCAGUAGUCGACGACAUGUUUCUUCUUCUUUUUCUCUCCGUUUUGGCCCUUCUACUCUUCUCUCGUCGCGGCGAAUGUAUUAUAACCCAAAUAGACGCCGAAUUGAAACAUUUUAUUGAAAGCGAUAGCCGCCGGAUAAAGAUACUACACACAGGUCCAGUUGGAACUGCGGAACACCGACAAGGACCAUCGAAAAGGGAACUCGUAGCCCCCGGCCCGGCAUUUGGUGGUGGGAAUUGGGACGAGGCCCGGGGCGGAUCGAAAAGGGAACUCGUAGUCCCGCCAGUCUUUGGUGAUGAUGGUCAAGACGGAACCGGGCGGGUCGAAAAGGGAACUCGUAGCCCCAUGAGCGUUUGGUGGUGGGAUUGGGACGAAGGGGAGGCCCUCGAAAAGGGAACUCGUGGUUCCAUUCGGCGAUGGUGGAGAGACUGGGCAGGCCGGCGCGCGCAUAAGAUGAUCAAUAAAAAAAAUUUAACCGAGUCCAAGCCAGGAGCAGGGAGCCCUUGCUACUUUCCUACUUUUUAAGACGGAACAAGCGUUAAAGAAAGCUUAAAAGACAAAUGAUGAUGAGUCAAGGGAAACCCUCGCUCCUUUAAU